GAAACUGCCGCAUCUCCGAGUUUCCCGAUGAUCAGCUGAAGGUGCUCAAUCUUCGAGACUUGAAGCUGCUCUUCGGCGGCUCCACCUGCAUUAUAAUGCACUGUGAGGUUUUUGCGGCCAUGUUCACCAACGAGGGCUUCCUCGAGGCGACGCAGAAGAAGCUAGAGAUUCCGGACAUUCCCGGCGAGGUGAUGGCCGUCCUCCUCGAGUACAUCUACGGCGGCGAGAUUGCCAACGUGGGGCCGGUGGUCAGCGAGCUGCUCGAGGCGGCUGAUAAGUACGACAUUCAACCGCUGAUUCAAAUCUGCGUCUCCCACAUGCACAAAUCGAUCUGCCCGCAGUCGGCGGCUAAAAUCUUCUACAUUGCCGAUCUCUACCGAAUUGAGCCGCUGAAAAGUCAGGCCAUCGAGUACAUCUGCCAGCACGCGGCGGAAGUGCGCGAAA